CAGCGCCUGUUUUUGGGGGUUUUGUUUUGUUUUUUGGUUGGCUUUCCUUACUACCAUAAGACACUCGGCUGUAGUCUCACACACCUGCCAGGACAAGGUUCUUGCAAAUAAUCAGAUAAUCGGACAUGGGGAAGUGCGAAAGAUUCUGCAAAACAUUUUGAGUUCUUUGACCGGGGCUAAGAGGUUUGUCCAAUGUUGGGCUGGGUAGUGUCAAGCAAGAUGUCAAGGGCUGGUCUGGUUACGUGCAAUAAAGUUCGUGCACACAAAAAGUGUCUGACAGCAAUAGGACCGCCUGCUACUAGAUUGAUACCAUUGGACAUAACACUCAUGGUUGUGCUCUUGCAUGGUUCGACCUACCCAUAAAUGUCGUAGAUAGUAAAUACGUAAAUUAAUAAUUUGUUUAGACAGCAUUUUAUGUUGCCAGCUCUCUAUAAUACUCUGAUGCAGCUCAUCUAUUGUAUACAGCACUUAGACAGAGAUAGCAGAGAUGAUAUAACAGAUGCUGACGGCGAUGACAGCAACGAAGAUCAUUGUUUUAUAGCAUCAGUGGUCAGCUUGUCAAACUCUGUUACCUCCACUAAAAACAUUUUGUUUAGCAAAGCAAGAUAAUCGUCUCAAUGUUAAAGACAAACCCAAGUGCGAAAAUGAUCAAGCUAAUCACACAGUUCAAAAUCUGUCUAAACAGUCCGUUUGUUUGCGAGAUACAAGGCCACGAUACAGGCAACGGAGUCGGAGGGCAGAUAAAUCAUACCACAAUGGACGAUUUAGCACAUAUAGUACAAGAUACAAAUAUGCAGACUAAAAAAGUGUAAGGAAACAUAGCUGAUAAUCAUUGCUGGAAAAAUCUAUGAUAAUAAGUAAUUGUUAACUUAUGUCGGUCUUACAACAUCAAGGUUUCUACCUGAGAUUCGCAGUGGCUGACUGUAGCGAAUAAAAGCAGCUUCUAAUAAACUCAACCUGCCUACCUCAUUUUCAGGUGCUCUAGGAUAGGACUUUAAACAAAUUAAAUAUCUAUAAAAUACUGCACAAUCGUCUAAUAAACUCAGGAUGUCAGUCGUCUUCUCUUCUAUUCCGCAGAACAGAAUCUUGGAGACUACAACGGCAACCACGCUGCUGUAAUUACUACGACCACAGCAGCCCAAAGAGAAGAGACAGAUUUAAUGUGAGUGGAGCACAAGUCAGAGCCCCGCCAUGAAACACCUGUCAUCCGCAAUUCUUCUCCUUGUGGCAGUCUUCCUUACCUGUACUGAAGGACGAUGCGGCUACAGGAACAGAAUCCCCAAACGUCGCAUAAACAAUCAGUUAAAAGGACAAAGCGCAGAACUACGAAAUGCCCAACCAAAUAUUACCACACCGCCAAAACCUACAGCAACGAUUGUGCCAAACAGAGUGUAUCUUACAGAACGGGAAACGGUUGAAGGUCGGCGAGAAGUACACCGAAUCUUUUACAGGAGCUUGUGAUGUCUACGAAUGCAAACCUGAACGAGUGACAACAGAGACUGUGAAAUGCCCACCUGCUAUGUGUGUCGACUAUGUCACGCUAGAUGGCGCCUGUUGUCCUUCCUGUCCCACAGGGAGUAACUGCCGACUACCGUCUGGAGAGAUAAUCACUCACCCUGUAGUGCAAAGUGGGAUGAAAUGCGAGUGCCCCACCAACCUCACGCAUGCAUUUGACUGGCCGUAUGAGAUCUACUAUACUGCCAUUUGUACACCGCUACAUGACAUGGCAAAAUCAAUUGGGAGAACUAAAGCAACUCCAAAGACUACUAGAACUACAACAAAAACUACAGCCCUUCAGACAACUACUACACCACCUUCAACGAAUACUAAAACACCUCCAAAGACUACUAAAGCUACAACACCUCAAACUACCAUUAUAACUACAACAAGAACUACAACACCGCAAACGACUGUUAGAACUACAUCUGCAACAACUAUUAGAACAGCAACACCUCCAGCGAUAAUUAAAUCUACAACACCUCCAACGACUAAUAGAACUACAACACCUCCAGCAACUAAUAGAGCUACAAUACCUCCAAUGACAGCUAAAUCUACAACACCUCCAGCAACUAAUAGAACUACAACACCUCCAGCAACUAAUAGAGCUACAAUACCUCCAGCAACUAAUAGAGCUACAAUACCUCCAACGACAGCUAAAUCUACAACACUUUCAAUGACUAAUGGAACUACAACAAAAACUACAAUACCUCCAGCAACUAAUAGAGCUACAACACCUCUAACUACAACUAAAUUUACAACAACUCCAACGACUAACAGAACUACAACAAAAAUUACAAAACCUACAAGGCCUACUAAAACCACUCCAAGAAUUACAAGACCUGAAACGUCAACUAGAACUACAACAAAAAUUACAACACCUCCAGCAACUAAUAGAACUACAAUAUCUCCAGCAACUAAUAGAGCUACAACACCUCCAGCAACUAAUAGAGCUACAAUACCUCCAGCAACCAAUAGAGCUACAACACCUCCAGCAACCAAUAGAGCUACAAUACCUCCAGCAACCAAUAGAGCUACAACACCUCCAGCAACUAAUAGAACUACAACACCUCUAACUACAACUAAAUCUACAACACCUCCAGCAACUAAUAAAGCUACAAUACCUCCAGCAACCAAUAGAGCUACAACACCUCCAGCAACUAAUAGAGCUACAAUACCUCCAGCAACCAAUAGAGCUACAACACCUCCAGCAACUAAUAGAACUACAACACCUCUAACUACAACUAAAUCUACAACACCUCCACAACUAAUAGAGCUACAACACCUUCAGCAACUAAUAAAGCUACAAUACCUCCAGCAACCAAUAGAGCUACAACACCUUCAGCAACUAAUAAAGCUACAAUACCUCCAGCAACCAACAGAGCUACAACACCUCCAGCAACUUAUAGAGCUACAAUACCUCCAGCAACCAAUAGAGCUACAACACCUUCAGCAACUAAUAGAGCUACAACACCUCCAGCAACCAAUAGAGCUACAACACCUCCAACGACUAAUAGAACUGCAACACCUCUAG